CACAAGAUCGUUGCUUCCACAACGCGGAUCAUUGCUUCAACGGGUGUUUAUGAAGAAAAAGGCGAGAGAGCUACGACCAAACUGAGUUUACUCGGAAUCGGAUCUGAUUUAUUGGCAGCAUUGU